GACACCUAAAGGAGUGAAGCAAAAAGAAGACAUAAAGUAGGUCAAUGGUGAAUGUAAAAGAGAUAUGAAGAGGCUCCUGUUGUAAUAUCAAAGUGCUUCAGUAAAUCAGAGUAAUGUGAACAGUCAGAAAGAAUAGUGCGCUGGAAAUCACAAUGGUUUUUAUCUGCCUGUAACUUAUUAUCUUAAUCAAGGUAUAGAAAUGAAAAAGUUACAAAAUCAUGUACAUCUUGUUUCCACAGCCAUUUAAAUAUUUUUUAAAUUAGAUGUAACAGCUGUGGUUAAUGGCUCUGGAAACUGAAGCUCUACUUCCAUAGAACAGCAGUAAAGUAUAUGUCCUUCUCAGUUGGAGAGAGAUUAAUUCAGUUGCCUGAAUUAAUUUCAUUCAUUUUUGACUGUUCUGAUGAGAUUGCCAAAGAAAUUUCUAUUUGUGGUGCUGAUUAUGAAAAGUUAGUAUUUGCUGAUUAAACAGAAUUAUUUCACAAAGUCUAUCCCACGGCAUCUGGGGGUGAAGUAAAACUUCAAAAUUCGGGCAUCAGGAAAGACCGGAGAAGCACCAGGGUGGGCAACAAAUUGAUGGAAGAUGUAUCUUUUAAAGUAUGUGCCUGCUACCUGUGAUCUGCAGCACAAACGCCAAGUGCCAUCUACUGAACCGAGGCAGCUUCCGCACAGGCCAUGCUAAUGAUGGAAGAGAGAAAUGUUUCCUUGACAGGCUUUGGGCCACCUCUCUGCACAGGAAGCCUCCACGUAGAAGUCGGCUGGAAGGAGCUGCAGAGCGAUGUUACACCGUGUCCUUCUUGGGAGGACGGGGGAAGCUGAGCCUGUGCUCGGAAGCAGGCGGGAAGGGCAGACCCAGCAGGUGCCGAGGCCACCGCCGGAGCGGAGCGGCCGCAGAUCCAAGGCCCGGCCCGGCUCCGGCCGCAGAUCCAGGGGACACCGUCAGGCCGCUCUGGGGGGAGGAGCCAGCGGGGCGGGGGAAAGCACGGCGGGAUGUCGGCCGAGGGAUCAGCCAGUUACUUCAAUUUCUUUAAAUCCCUAAAAUCCAGGGGGUAGUUUGUGCUCGAGCAGUCAGAUGGAGCGGCUCCGAUGGGGAAGAGCCCCCGGGCGGCGGGCGGGCCGGGGGAGGAGCGAAGGGGCCGCGGGGCCCGCCCUGCCCGUGUCGCUCUUCUUUCCCCUUCCCUUCCCCAGCCCGGCCCGGCCCGGCCGAGAACCGCCGCGAGCUCCGGUCCCGCCGCCGCCAUGUCGGGCCCGGGCGGGGGCGCCGCGCUGCUGCUGCUGCUGCUGCUGGGGCUGCCCGGGCUGCCGCAGGCCCGGCCCCGCUACCAGCCCACCUGGGGCUCGCUGGACGCCCGGCCGCUGCCCGCCUGGUUUGACGAGGCGAAGUUCGGCGUCUUCAUCCAUUGGGGCGUGUUCUCGGUGCCAAGCUUCGGCAGCGAGUGGUUCUGGUGGUACUGGCAGAAGGAAAAGAGAGAGCCCUAUGUGAAAUUUAUGGAUGCAAAUUACCCACCUGGCUUCAGCUAUGAAGAUUUUGGUCCUCUGUUUACAGCAGAAUUCUUUGAUCCCAACCAGUGGGCAGAUAUUCUGAAGGCUUCAGGUGCAAAAUACGUUGUCUUAACUUCAAAACAUCAUGAGGGCUUUACUUUGUGGGGAUCCAAAUAUUCUUGGAACUGGAAUGCUGUUGACGUGGGACCAAAGCGAGAUCUUGUUGCUGAACUAGCAACAUCUGUUAGAAACAGGACUGACUUGCAUUUUGGGUUAUACCAUUCCCUGUUUGAAUGGUUCAAUCCUCUCUUCCUUGAGGAUGCCACCAAUGCCUUUAACACAAGCAAGUUUCCCACCAGCAAAUCAUUACCAGAACUCUAUGAACUUGUGACCAAGUACCAGCCAGAAAUAAUUUGGUCUGAUGGGGAUGGAAAUGCUCCAGAUACUUACUGGAACAGCACUGGUUUCUUGGCUUGGCUGUAUAAUGACAGCCCGGUGCGGGACACAGUGGUGACCAAUGACCGCUGGGGCGCGGGCAGCAUCUGUGCCCAUGGCGGCUUCUACACGUGCAGCGACCGCUACAACCCCGGGCGCCUCCUGCCCCGCAAGUGGGAGAACUGCAUGACCAUCGACCGCGGCUCCUGGGGCUACCGCCGGGACGCGCGGCUGCGGGAUUAUCUCCCCAUCGAGGACUUGGUCAAGCAACUUGCAGAAACAGUGUCUUGUGGAGGAAACCUCCUGAUGAAUAUCGGGCCCACCCACGACGGUCGCAUCGCUUCUGUGUUUGAGGAGCGCCUGAGGCAGGUGGGCUCUUGGCUGGGGGUCAAUGGAGAGGCCAUCUAUGGAACAAAGCCGUGGAGAGCACAGAACGACACUGUCACACCUGGAGUCUGGUACACUUUCACCCCUAAAGAAGGGAAAGUCAAUGCUAUUUUCCUUAACUGGCCAGUCUCUGGGAUUCUGGAACUUGGUGAGCCACGGGCUAAGCCUGGAAAAACACAGGUGAAGCUGGCUGGAUACAGGGAACUGCUGAAAUGGGUUGCCCUGGGAGAAAAGGGAAUGGUUAUUGCUCUACCUCAAUUGACUCCUCAGCAAAUGCCAUGUCAGUGGGGCUGGACCUUACAACUGACUGAUGUAGACUGAGCCAUACUCUGCUGGAGCCCUGGCUAGCAGGGAGUGCUGAUGCUUUGCUCUUUCUUAUCACUGGUUUUAAACUUGAUUGACCGAGAGAGACCAAUAAAUUCACUUUUUCUAUGAGAGGUGGGCUGUUAUGAAA